GGCAUCAUAAGAUCGCUCUUACCAGUAGCUUUCUACCUCACCAUCAGUUAGGAUAGAACCACAAGCUGCUAGGUUUCAUCGCGAUCUCGCUACAGUUUCAGUAUGGCUCUCACAGACUUCCUUGCUGCCUCAGAUAUUACUUCAGCGAUCAAUGCUUGCAGAGCAAACGACUCCUUCAGCCCCAAGAAGUUUUUUGCGAUGGUGGGCUUGUCCAAGAAGUCUCCCCCUGAGAUUGAGAAGAUCUUCAUGAUCCUGGACCAGGACAAGAGUGGCUACAUCGAACAGGACGAGCUACAGCUUUUCCUCCAGAACUUCUCCAAGGGGGCUCGUCCCCUGACAGCGGCUGAGACCAGAGCCUUUCUCCUAGCUGGGGACAAGGACGGGGACGGAAAGAUAGGCUGGGACGAGUUCUCCAACCUUGUCAUGUCUUCAUAAAGAGAGGAAGAUUAAAGAAGAUGUUUAUUUUUGACAAUCUUGUAGUUUGAAGACAAGCGGUACAUGGUCUGUGUGAAUCUUCUCAGUGCCUUCUUGGAUUGGUCCAGCCUCUGUCUGUCAGUACAAGUAGUGCAAUAUGCUGUAUGCUAGUUUUGACUAAGGAAAAUAUGAUAUUGUAAACCAAUACAAAUAAACAGUCUUUGGCUUAACACUU